ACCCUGGCUGUCUCCAGUCUGACAGUAUUCAAAUGGACUUGCUUCCUCCAUUAGUUGUAAGAUGUUUAAAAGCACAUCCUAUGUUUGAAUUGUGGAUGAGAGGUUCCCUUGGCAAUGUGAGAAGGAAAAUUCUUUCUACCCCUUUAUUAUUAAUUCAUGGAUUCAGUGUUGGUUCGGCCUACAGGAGAAGUUUAACUGGAAGUCUUUGAAGAUCAUUAUCUUUGCUGAAGUUGUCCAGGGUAACUUUUAAAAAGAAGAUUUCACUGAUCAAGCCAGUAGAAGACUUUUCAGUCCAAGAAAGAGUGAAGCCAGUUCUUUCCAAGAGUGGAGGAAGCCCUGUUGGGUGAACCCUUAUAACCUGAGCUUGUUCUAAGAAUUUGUCCAUUAUGUCUAACCAAGGAGAUGACUGCUACUUCUACUUCUAUUCCACAUGUAACAAGGGAGACAGCUGUUCCUUCCGCCACUGUGAAGCUGCUCUGGGGAAUGAAACAGUCUGUACGCUCUGGCAGGAGGGUCGCUGUUUCAGGAAUAUCUGCCGAUUCAGACACAUGGAAAUCGAUAAAAAACGCAGUGAGAUUCCUUGCUACUGGGAGAAUCAGCCAGUAGGCUGUCAAAAAUCCAACUGUGCUUUUCAUCACACAAAAGGACGUUAUGUUGAUGGACUCUUCUUACCGCCAAGCAAAACUACACUUCCAAGUCCACCUGAGUCUGCAGAAGACGAUGUGAAAAUGGCUCAGAUGUCACUGCAACAAAACAAACUUUCUGUCCAGUCAAAUCCCUCUCCACAGCUGAGGGGAGUGAUGAAAGUGGAAAACUCUGAAAAUGUCCCAAGUCCUACGCAUCCCCCAGUUGUAAUCAAUGCUGCAGAUGAUGAUGAAGAUGAUGAUGACCAGCUUUCUGAAGAAGGAGAUGAAACUAAAACACCUGUCCAGCAACCAACUACAGAAGCCCAUAAUGGAUUGCGGAUAAUUUCCACUAGGAAAUCCAAUGCUAAUACAAAACAAGAUGACAAUUUAAAUUUCGGAAUAAAAACACUUGAAGAAAUCAAAUUGAAGAAACUAAAGGAAAAAACAAAAAAACAAGAAGGUCCUUCAGGAGUUUCUGUUCAUCCGCUCCAAUCUCGGACUAUUCCUGUGCCAGAAAAGGAAAAUGUACGGACAGUAGUGAGAACUGUGACUCUGUCUGCAAAGCAAGCGGAGGAGCCUGUGAUUCGACUGAAUCUUGCUGAGAGACUGGGAAAACGGAAAGCCUCCAUAGCUGGUAAAAGUGUCCUUCCUCUAAAGCGCAACCUUGCUGAAAGGCUGGGGAAGAAGAUAGAGAUUCUGGAGAAUGCUGACAAAGCACCAAAGAGAGUUCAAGUCCCCAGGUCUCUGAAGGAGAGGCUAGGAUUGCCUUCUGAACAGACCAGUACAGAGACAGAGAAGGCUGCUAAGCCAACAGGAGAGAUCCAUGUGAAAACGCUGGAGGAAAUUCGUCUUGAGAGAGCUAAUCAGAGACGAGGAGAACCUCAAGCGAAAUCCCAGACUGAAGGACGUUGUAAAACAGAAGAUCCCAGCUCGGGGGCAAAACCUUCCCCUGCAGUUCGCAUCAAAACUUUCUCAGGAGCCCUGGCUGAAAAAAACCACAAGCGAUUGGAAGAAGAGAAGCAAAAACCAGAAGAGUUUCCUACCAAGACAAGAGUUGAGAGUGAGCCCAAGAAGCAGAGCAUACUUGCUCCAUCUGUGCCCAGCAAAAUGCAUCUGGCAGAGCCGGCAGGCAAAGUCAAGCCAGCAGGAGAAGUGCGAAUUAAAACCUUGGAAGAAAUCAAGCAGGAGAAAGCUCUGCGGAUGCAGCAGAGUGGAGAAAAUGUGCCAGCUCCACCAGCACAACCCGAACCUGCCCCAACAGGGAGGAGAUUGUUACGGAUCACAAAGCUAAUAGCACCUGGAAGAGAAGAAAAGAAGAUAGUGGAAUUGAGCAAGCCUUCUCCCAAAGCUGUCUCUGUACCUGCAGAGCCUGCUGAUCAGAGCGCAACUAAUUCUAAAGUUCAAGUGAAGAGCCUUGAAGAGAUAAUGAGGGAGAAGCGGCAACUGAAACGACGCCAAGAAGAGAAGCUUCAGAAGGAAGUGGCUGCUGUGCCAUCUCCUGUUGAAAAACCAAUCAAGGAUAAAACUCCAGCGUCAGGGAGUCCUGAAUCCACCGUGGUUUCAGGGUCAGCUUAUCAACUUGCGAAGAGGAUAUUGGUGAAAUCUCCGGAAGAUGGGGUUGAAAGCCCAGGAAAGGAUGCUGCUGUAUCACCAGGGAAACAGGCAGCUCAACUUCUGGAACAGAAAGCUAGAACAACAUCUAAGGUGUGCCUGAAGCCUUUGGAUGGGAAAGCCACCUCCCCCACAAAGCAGACACUGAAACGUAAGGCAGCUGAGAGUCAUCCCUCUGCUGUGGCGGCUGUGAAACCAUUGAGUACCACUGGUGGUGAUACAAAGGAGCCUUCAGCUAAAAAAGCAGCUGUGGCCAUUGUUCCUGCUUUGCCAGAGGACAGCCUGGUCUCCAUACCUGGGAGAGAAAAACCCCAAACCAGUCCUGAACUGCAUAUUGGAAGCCAGGCAGACUCUGUGGCGCAGUCAGAAGUCUCAAGCUCAACUUCAACUUCUUCACAAGUAGCGGUAAAGACGCGCCGGUUGAGCUCCACAGGGGCUGGGAAAGCACCUUUAUCUGUAGAAGAUGACUUUGAGAAGCUUAUUUGGGAAAUCUCAGGAGGCAAACUGGAAGCAGAAAUUGACCUGGACCCCGGGAAGGAUGAGGAUGACCUCCUCCUGGAACUUUCUGAAAUGAUUGACAGCUGA